AGUCCCAAUAAAAUAAAAGCCAGGAGUGACGAUGGCAGCCAUAGUAACAGGCCUCAUCCCUAUCCUGCGCACGGCGGUGGACAGCACCACCACGUACAAGUGCCGCACCCUGUGGUUCGGCUUCCUGUGCAUCCGCCUGGUGAUCCUGUUCCUGGCUGAGCUCCCCUGGUUCAAGCUGGACGCCGACUUCAGCUGCAACGCCACCAGUGACAUCUGCACCCGGGCCUGUUUCAACGAACAUUUCCACAAGCCCGUGAUGGUGGCCUGGAACUUCCUCUUUGUUCUUGUUAUCCUCUCCGUCCUGCUCAUGGAGCUUUUCGUCUCUCACAUGCGCUCCCUGGCCCGGAAGAGGAGCUCCAAGAUGAAAGCCAACGUGGAGCUGGAGGCCCAAGGGAACGGGGGCGCUCAGGCCGGGUGUGCAGACCCCGAUGGCAACAUGGUCGUAGAUCUCCACAAAAACAAAAGCGCUGUGGGCUUCUACCUGCUCAGCAACGUUCUGCGCGUUCUGGUCGAAGUCUGGUUUGUGUACGUUCUGCUGUUCUGGAACCUGCCCACCCUGGACCAGCGCCCGUUCCAGUGCAGGACAGAGAUCUGCACGAAGCUGCAUAUUUGCCUUGUGAGGGCCGCUCCAGAGAAACGCAUGUCCAUCUAUGCUUUGGCUUCCAUCUCAGCCAUGGUUAUUGUUUGUUCAGUCUUGUUUUGCAUGUACUCCAUUGCUCACUAUCUUUUUGGGAUUUAAACACUCUAGUGGGCUGUACCAUGCACUCAGAUUGCAUUUCUUGGUGUGUUUCAUGUUUCAUAGUUCCUAAUGUUUUUAUUUUAUGUGUUUAAU